AUGAGUAAAGUGAUUAUUAUCGGCUCUGUAGCUACGUUGGCGUUUGUGAUCGUUUCCCUCAUCAUCAUGGGUCUUGUGCUUAAAGAGAUAUCAGAAGUACAGCUGGAAAUGCAACUCGAUAUGGAUGAGUUCAAUGGAAUCGCAGACGACGCAUGGAGUCGCAUACUAUCCAAACGAAUCACAACAGGAAAAUCAGAAGCUGCGCCAAAUUUUAUCACGGUGGUCAAGCGACAACCACGUGCCGGAGGUUUCCCAGAUCAGUGCAACUGUGGCGCCAGAUCUGCGAAAUGCCCUCCAGGCCCACCUGGGCCACCGGGACCCCCGGGACUGCCAGGAGAACCCGGCCCCGACGGUGAAGACGGUCGUCCUGGAGCUCCAGGCAUAGCCCUCGCGAUAACGCAUGACAUACCCGGGGGCUGCAUCAGUUGUCCACCAGGACCAGCCGGACCGCGUGGACCGCCCGGUGAACAAGGACCUCCUGGACCUCCAGGACCGUUCGGGCACCGAGGUCCACCGGGUGCACCUGGACCACAAGGAGACCCUGGACCACCAGGAGAACAAGGGCCACCAGGACCGCAAGGAAGACCUGGCCCUCCGGGACCACCGGGAGAAGCAGGCACUCAAUAUACACCAGGAGCUCCAGGCAAACCUGGUCCUCAAGGUCCACGUGGACCUCCAGGAGAACCAGGAAAGCCUGGAUGUCCCGGAAAGGAUGGAGCUGUUGGACCACCUGGGCGUCCAGGCAGCCCGGGGAAAGAUGGACGCCCCGGCAAAAAUGGACAGCCUGGACCAAAAGGAGAACCUGGUCGGCCAGGUCCGGAUGGAGAGUACUGUGCUUGUCCGCCAAGAGCAAAGCGUCGUUCAUAA